UCCGUAGCCACGAUGGAUGCAACACCAUGCCUUCUGCUCGUCCUCCUGUUCUGGACAAGGAUACAAGAAAAUAACGCUCUCCAGUGUUACUGUGACCGCUGCACUGCCAACUCCAGCUGCACCACUGAUGGCGUGUGUUACGUCGCCAUCCGCAAGUCAGGCAGCCGGUUGACCAUCGAGCGGCGCCAGUGUGUACAUGAAACCGAGCUGAUCCCACGAGACCGGCCCUUCUUCUGUGCCCCGUCUGUCAAACAUGACGAGGGUAUUUACCCCAUGUGCUGUACUGACGACUACUGCAACAAAGAGCCCAACCUGGAAAUCUUUCCUGUUCCCCCACCAGAAACUCCUCCUUUAGGCCCUGUGGCCCUUGCAGCAGUGAUCGCCGGCCCUGUGUGUUUGCUCUGCCUGUUGCUGGUCCUGGCGUUUUAUGUUUGCCACAGCCACAGAGGUCUUGGGGCAGGGGGUGCCGGGCCCCAUCAUCACCACCACCAUAGGGUUCCCAAUGAAGAGGACCCCUCUAUGGACCACCCCUUCAUCACAGUGGGAACAACACUGAAGGACCUUAUCUAUGACAUGACCACCUCGGGCUCUGGAUCAGGACUACCACUGCUGGUCCAGAGGACCAUUGCCAGAACCAUCAUCCUUCAGGAGAGCAUUGGCAAGGGCCGUUUUGGGGAGGUAUGGCGGGGAAAAUGGCGUGGGGAGGAAGUGGCUGUGAAAAUCUUCUCCUCCCGUGAAGAGCGCUCCUGGUUUCGCGAAGCUGAGAUCUACCAGACUGUGAUGCUGAGGCACGAGAACAUUCUAGGCUUCAUUGCAGCUGACAACAAAGAUAACGGGACGUGGACGCAGCUGUGGCUGGUUUCUGAUUACCAUGAACAUGGCUCCCUGUUUGACUACCUGAACCGCUACACCGUCACUGUGGAGGGCAUGAUCAAGCUGUCCCUGUCCACAGCCAGCGGCCUGGCCCACCUUCACAUGGAGAUUGUGGGCACUCAAGGUAAGCCAGCGAUUGCUCACAGAGACCUGAAGUCAAAGAACAUCCUGGUGAAAAAGAACGGCACCUGCUGCAUCGCUGACCUUGGUUUAGCUGUCCGUCACGACUCAGCUACCGACACCAUCGACAUCGCUCCAAACCACAGAGUGGGAACCAAAAGGUAUAUGGCACCAGAGGUCCUGGACGACUCCAUAAACAUGAAACACUUUGAGUCUUUCAAGCGGGCAGACAUCUAUGCCAUGGGCCUGGUCUUCUGGGAGAUCGCCAGCCGCUGCUCUAUGGGAGGCAUCCAUGAGGACUACCAGCUGCCCUACUAUGACCUGGUUCAGUCGGAUCCGUCGGUGGAAGAGAUGAGGAAGAUUGUUUGUGAGCAGAAGCUUCGACCCAAUAUCCCCAAUCGCUGGCAGAGCUGUGAGGCCUUGCGGGUGAUGGCCAAGAUAAUGAGGGAGUGUUGGUAUGCCAACAGUGCUGCCCGACUCACCGCCCUCCGAAUCAAGAAAACGCUGUCUCAGCUCAGCCAACAGGAGGGAAUCAAGAUGUAGACUCAACUACAGAACACACUCUUACACACACAUCUGACUGUCACCCAUAUCGUUAGCAUUAAAGCAUUGUUAUCAUCA